AUGGACGCGCCGCCCAUCACGCCCGGGGAGCUGCUGUGUCUGGGCUCCAGCCUUGCCUUCUCCGGCCUCUUCUACUACCUGUACAGGAAGAAAGCCAGAGUCGUGGCACGCAUACAGGAGGCCCCAAAGCUUCAGGUUGAUGACAGUUUACCGGCAGUGGUGUCUGUAGCCGAUGGGAGGUGCCUGCCUUAUGUUGCCCUAGAAGGCAUAGUGCUACCAGCCAAGGCUGCGCUGACCAGCCAUUACCAUGAGGGGCUGCAGGGUGUGAUCCAGAAAUUGCUUCUAAAAGAGCAUCGGCUGAUCUGGAACAGCUUGGCCCGGAACUGGAGCGAGAGUGAGCGGGUGCUCUCGGAGCAGGUCUACACUGUGCCCUUCUUGCUGGCCUCGCCAGACACCGACGCGGUGACGCAGGUGAGCGUGGAGAGCCCGCUCCGAUACCUGAGCGGGGAGAAGCCCAAGGGCAUCCUGGAGACAGAGGAGAUGCUGCGCGUGGGGGCCGGGCUGACAGGCAUCGGGGAGCUGGCCCUGCACCCGGACGGCUCCCUGCACCUCCAGCCACCAGCCCAGGGGGGCGAGUAUUUCCUGUGCCUGGGGGACUGGCAGACGGUGCUGGCGGAGCUGGAGUCGGCCAGCGGGCUCUGGAAGGGGGUGGCCAUGCUGUGUGCCGCAGCAGGCCUGGCCGUCCUCCUGCAUGCUCUGUGCCGUGCCUAUCGCCGCGCCCGCCUCAGGCAGCGGCCCGAGGACAAGGAGCCGGAGGGCGAGGAGGCCGAGGACGGGGGGCUUGAGGACUCCUGCGUGAUCUGCCUGACGCAGCCCCGCGAGUGCGUCCUCUUGGGCCGCGGCCAACUC